GCAAGCCUUACCCCUGCGCGUCAAAUGGUAAAGCCCGGAUCUCAACCCGUCACGUUGACGCUGGCCAUUACAGUCGGCGGCCGCCAUUUUAAAUUUUAUAAAUUUGUUAUUAUUUUUAGGUGUUUUGUGUACAGUUUUUGUAAAUAUCUAGUUAAUAUUGGUUGGCUAUGGCAGAAGGUAAUGGUGAGGUACCGGAAGAACCAAUGAAAAUAGAACAGGACGUAGAACGCACCGAAGACUACCAGAAGCUGCUGGAAUAUGGGCUUGACGAGAAAGUUGCGGCUAAAUUGGACGAAAUCUACAAGACUGGCAAGUUAGCGCACGUCGAUCUGGACGAGAGGGCUCUCGAUGCCCUAAAGGAAUUCCCCGUGGACGGGGCGCUCAACGUCCUCGGUCAAUUCCUCGACUCUAACCUGGAGCACGUGUCCAACAAGUCAGCGUACCUAUGCGGUGUCAUGAAAACCUACAGGCAGAAGAGCAGAGCCGGAACCAGCGGCUCGGCGGGUGCGGCUACUCCCGCGCCGGCUCCCGUUAAAGGACCUGACGAGCUGAAGAUCAAACAGAUACUGGACCGGACGGGAUACGUCUUAGACGUCACUACCGGUCAGAGAAAAUACGGAGGACCUCCUCCAGGUUGGGAAGGUGCGCCGCCUGGUUCAGGAUGCGAGGUAUUUUGCGGUAAAAUUCCUAAAGACAUGUAUGAAGACGAGUUAAUACCUUUAUUCGAAGAUUGCGGCACCAUAUGGGACCUUAGAUUAAUGAUGGACCCGAUGACGGGUACCAAUAGGGGGUAUGCUUUCGUAACGUUUACGAAUCGAGAAGCUGCCCAAAUAGCCGUCCAAAAGUUGGAUAAUCAUGAAAUCAAACCUGGAAAGAAUCUGAAAAUUAACAUUAGCGUUCCAAAUCUACGUCUUUUCGUCGGGAACAUACCAAAGUCAAAAGGCAAAGAGGAGAUCUUGGAUGAAUUUGGUAAAUUAACAGCUGGUUUGAUGGAGGUGAUCAUCUACUCCUCGCCCGACGACAAGAAGAAGAACCGCGGCUUCUGCUUCCUGGAAUACGAAUCACAUAAGGCGGCGUCUCUAGCAAAAAGAAGAUUAGGAACGGGACGGAUCAAGGUGUGGGGAUGCGACAUUAUAGUCGACUGGGCCGAUCCCCAAGAAGAACCGGAUGAACAGACCAUGUCUAAGGUCAAGGUCCUCUACGUUAGGAAUCUUACGCAAGAAAUAACAGAAGAGAAACUUAAAGAAGAAUUCGAACAGUACGGCAAGGUGGAGAGGGUUAAGAAAAUUAAAGACUACGCUUUUAUACAUUUUGAAGAUAGGGACAAUGCCGUUAAGGCGAUGGAGUCGUUAGAUUCUAAAGAAUUGGGAGGAUCCAAUAUUGAAGUUUCACUAGCCAAACCUCCUUCAGAUAAAAAGAAAAAAGAAGAAAUUUUACGAGCUCGAGAAAGAAGAAUGAUGCAAAUGAUGCAAGUUAGGGGAGGAAUGAUGCCUGGAACGAUGCCCAUGAGGGGACCGCCCGGACAAGGAGGCCCCAGGGGAACAGGAGGAGGAACCAUGAGAUCGGCGCCGAUGGGACGGGGAGACUACGAUUACGAUUACGACUAUUACGGUUACGGGGACUAUAGAGGCGGCUACAGUGAUCCCUAUUACGAUGACUUUUACCGGUAUGAAGAUUACUAUUACGAUUAUCAGCCGGCCCAGACGCCAGCGAGAGGAAGGGGGGGUCGGCAAGCAGCACCGGAACUGGAUGAAGGAGUCACGUCAGGUGUUUACUACGAUGUUAGCAGUGGAACACAGGCUGGCCGUGGGCGUGGGGUGGUGGCACGUGGGCGGGCAGGUGGCCCCCCAGCCCGUGGGGCGGCAGCCAACAGAGCGGGCCGGGGAGGAGCAGCAGGGGCCCGUGGGGCGGCGCGCCAAGCCGCUCGUGGAGUGGGCCGCGCCAAGGCAAGUUUACCAGCAGGUAAGCGAAAGUUUGACGGGGGUCACCAGAACCAGGGGGAGACAAAGCGCCGAUACCAGAGCAACUGGGGGAGCCAGCCCCUUCCGCAACAGCCGCUGGGGGCGGACGUAAACGGUGAGCAGCAGGCAUGGUACCAGGACCCGUACGGAUCCUGGAGCUAAGUCAAGUGAAACGGACAUUGAAAGCCCACAGUGGGACUGAGUGUGAGUGGCCCUGCGUCAAAAGGAGGGCGAUAAACAAGGCCGGCGACGAGGCGCAUCCUCUAGUGCCUGCUAGUUGUGCGCGCCCAGCCCGACCAGCUGAUGGUGUCCCCAAUUCUACGUUAAUUAUUACCUAUUCUGCAUUCGUUUUUUUUUUCAAUUUACACACUGUAAGUUUUGACUUGUUAUUGGUACAUUCAAAAUUCAUUUGCUGUACGUUUGUUGUUUUGGAAUUUAAAUUUUUCAAUUAAAUUGAUUAAGUUACUGUCAUUAUGUUUUACUAUGUUGUUUUGACGUCGGAGAUUCUUAGAAUUUGUAGAUGAAUCAGUCCGGACGAUUUUUUUGUACACCCACCCGAUAAAAAAAGCAUUUGUUGACUUUCUAAAAAUCUUCGACGCAAAGGGCGUGGUGCGUUCCCCGUUCUGGCGACUACUACAAUCAAACUUCGGGACGCCGAUGCCUAAUCGUUGAUAGUCUUAUUUUUUUUAUAUAUAUAUUAAAAAAAUGGCUGAGCGGUUUGUUCCCCGUCUCAUGCUCUAUUUAAAUGUUUUCUUUUUUCUAUAUACUUGAGCGGUCUAAAUAUUUUCCACGGUGUCACAUCACUGCGUCAUUUGUUUCUCUUUAAAUCUUUUUUCAAACGAUUUGUUUUUAUUUUUAUAUAGUUUGGAAUAAUUCGUUAGUAACUGACAUGCAUGGGUUUGGCACUGAGGCACGUGAUGACAGUCCGUUGCUCCUUGUUUUUUAUCUUUUUAUUUGGAACAAUUGACUGUCUCUAAACUGGCAUAGAGGGAUUGUGCUCGGUUCAUGUUCAGGGAUACAGGACGCAUUGAAAGAGCGUUUGCUAGAUUUUAUAUGUUAAAAACUAAUUGUUUGAUUUUAAUCGAAAAAUAUUCAUUGUAUGGUUAGAAGCUGUUUCAGCACGUUCUGUAUCCUUAAAUCAAGAUCGUUACUCGUGGACCGAGUAAUUUUAUUACAUGUAUAAUAUAAUUAUAUAUUUUAUUCUUGGUAAUGCAUUUUUUGCAUUGUGAUGAUUGUAUUUUAGCAGUAAUUUAAGGAGUUCAAAGCAUAUACUUCUGUUUUCCGGCACAGCUAGUAAAACGUUUAUGAUGAAAAAAUAAUAUUAAUAGAGUCGUUUAAGGUAUAAAAGUUCCUAUUUUGGUCCUAUGUAGAUUUUCUUCAACGGAAGCGUCCUCUUUUAUCUCUAAUCUAGACUAGUCCAAUAAAUAAUACAGGAAAAGUCUUUAAACUUAACAAAAUUUCCAUCACUGAAUUUGAAAUAUGAAUUUUGAUGACUUUCUCAUAUUUUAAUAGUCAUAUGAAUGUGGUUGAGCGUUAACUGCCAUGACGACGGUGUUUUUAGGUAAAUAACACUCAUUAACCCUCAAUUUUUAAUGUAAACAACCGCCAUGGAUAUCUUAACCAAUUCCGACAAUGUAAGUUUCUCAUAUUUUGAAUCCAAGAAAUCCGUACUAUUUUUAUAUAAUAAAAUUAUUCCCCAAUCAUUUUUUCCCAAUUGUCAUUAUGGUACAUUCUUUAAAGUAGCACCUAGCUUUCUUUGGCUAUGUCUCAACCUUCUUAGUCUUUGUUAUUUUAUACAUGAUAUUCUUAUUUAGGCAAAAUGUUUGGACACUCUUUAAACUUUAUACAUCCCUUUAAUCAAGUCAAAUUUGACUGAUUCUCUUCAGAGCGAAUAAAUUUUUUUCUAUGCCUUCCUCAGACAACAAAAUUUGGUCUAAGGUUCAUCUUACACAGGCAAAAUGGUUGAAAGAAUGCUCCUAAACUUUAUACAUGCUUGAAAUAAGAUCACAUUUGACACAUAAAUAUCAUGGUUCGCUUUAUAGCGAACAAAUCUUUUGUUUUUCGCUGACUUUUUCUAUUUCCUACUCAGACAACAAAAUUCUUUACACUUUGUCUGUCUAGAGUUGUUGAUCCUUAUUCGGGCAAAUUGUUUGAAAGAAUGCUCAUAAACUUUAUAGAUCCUGCAAUAAGGUCAAAUUUGACAUACUUUUGUUUCUCUUCAUAGCGAAUUAAUCUUUGACCAUACUUAGUCUAUUGGCUGGCUUUUCCCAUGCCCUACUCAGACAAUAAAAUUCGUUAGAUGUUGAUUUGUUGAUCGAUACUACAGCAAAUUGAAAUAAUGCUCUUAUACUUUAUAGAUUUGAUACAUUCUUUAUACCGAAUAAAUCUUUGACCAUAUUUAGUCUAUUGGCUGGCUUUUUUCAUGCCCUACUCGGACAAUACAAUUCGUUAGAUGUUGAUUUGUUGAUCCAUACUACAGCAAAUUGUUUGAAAUAAUGCCCCAAAACUUUAUAGAUUUGCCUAAUGUUGAUCCUUACUAGGGCAAAAUGUUUGAAAGAGAGCUCUUAAACUCUUGCAAUAAGGUCAAAUUUGACACAUACUGUGGUUAUUCUUUAUGCCUUAUAAGUCUUUAUACUUAUUCUUUCGGCUGGCCUUUUCUAUGCCCUACUCCGGCAACAAAAUUCAUUAUAUUUUUGUUUGUCCAGGGUUGUCGUUUAUUCAGAAAAUCUAAUAAAUCUCAAAUUACACACAAAUGUGUUUUAAAAAAAAGUCAAAUCCAUGUCGAUUGUGCUUUGGUUUUACUCAGACAAACUUUGUUAGUAGACUUAAAAGUACAUUGAAUUGUUUUUUUGGUCUUUUCUGCUCUUAUCUUCACUUAGACAAAAUUCUAAUCUUUAAUCAGACAAAAUUCAUUAGAUUUCAUCUUGAGUGCUUUUUAUUCAGAAAAUCUUAAAAGAAAGUAAUUUUAAAAUGUCAUAGUACAUUGAAUUCUGGACUUUAGUUUGUCGUUUAUUCAGAAAAUCUUUAAGGAAGCGGUACUUUUGUCUGGGGUGUCCUUUACUCAAAAAUACCUUAAAUUAUUCAUACAUUCAAAAAGGUCAAACCUAAUAUGUAAAUUAUGAGAGUGAUAUGUCUCAAAUUUUGAUUUAGGAGGAAAAAUGCAGAAAUAUAAAAUGUUCAUGUGUUACGGCUUACGAUUAAAAUUUGACAGUAAGCUUAAGUAGGAAAAAAGGUCAUUUCCGUUGAGGUUGAUAAAAGCAAUAGAAUUUAAAUAAAAUUAGGCCAAAAUCGGUUCUUUCAUUUAAUGUUUUUUUUUAAGUUACGCAGGCUCCGCAGAGGAUUACAGCUAAGACACUCAUUUGCAAUCAUAGAUUUCGUUUAUGACAAUAUAUCACAUAUUUUUUUGUAUACUAAUAAGUUUUGGUUUUACAUCCCGUAUUUUUGUUUGCUUCAGCUUUUCUGGUAUUUGUCCCUGUCCGAUUUUUACAUAAUUAUAUAAGAAAAGUUUUCAUAUUAUUUUUUUGUUUCGAUUUUAGUGUGAAGUAGCUAAUCUUUCAAUAUUUGUACCAUAAACGCCUAAUAGUAACACGUUUUUGCAAUUUUAAUACCACACAAUAAGCCAUACUACUGUAUUAGAGUCCGAAAAAUGAUAAUAAUAACUAAUAAGACACUGUUAAAAAGUAUGUCGUCGCGCUCUACGAGAUUUCCGAACAUCAGGCGCAAAAUUACAUCUGGACUAAAAAAAAGUGGAACUCUCGUCGGGCGUGUACGGCUCUUUCGAUUGUGUUUGGAUAUCUUUGAGAUGCGUUUCAUGCAAUUUCAUACUUAUACUGUAUUUUAUUAUUGGUAUAAUUUUGGUCGAAGCCCCUUGCCUGCUUCAGACAUUUUGUUAUUUGUAUCAUCUAUCAAUUAUGAGAGGACUGAUGAUUUAUAAUGUCUCAAUAAACAGUUGUAUGUGUAUUACAAUUUUACUAA